UUUCAGCGGUGCGAUCAUUAAGUCAUUGUACUUUUCGAGAAUGCUCGGCGACGACGAGAAAACCAAAAUGAAAGAAGACAAUUCAGAGGAUAAAAAAGAGACCCAAACACCCAGAAAAGGGGGCAAAGUUAAGUUCACUGUAACACCAGUUCACUUAGAGGAUGUAGCAGGCCCAUCAGAUAGGCCCCAAAACGGGGAGAUUAACCAAGUCUGUACGUCCGAUAACACAGAGGAUGAGGCCUCCUGCGACAAUGAAUCUCUAACACAGAACAGUAUCACUAGAAUACUGUCUUCAAAAUUCAAGGAUUUCAAGAAAUACAGAGAAAAUGAAAAAGAUGAAAAAACAUCAAAUGACCCAAAUAGCCCACAAGACAAACAGAAAAGCCCUCUUCUUGUUUCAAAGCGGACACGUACAGCAAAACCACCACCACCCGCUGGCAAGAAGAGACCAGAUCUUAUCCGAGAAGAAUCUGAUUUGUCAGAUCAGCUGACAACCGCUGAUAAAGUGGGUACAGUGGUGGAAACCAGUAAUAAGCCGCAGAAAUAUGUUACCAUAGCAAUGCAAGACUGGUAUCCAGGCGACGGACAGGGUGACACAAUCACUUCUGCUCAGAGUAGUAUAACCCGGUUGCUGUCUAAGAAAUUUAGGGGAUUUAGAAAAUAUGUUGUGGAAAGUGAACAGUUUGCUCCUGAGGAGAGACCAGAGGUUCUAAAGCCAAUGAAGAGGUUGGUGACCACUUACGAGGGUCUUGAUUAUGAAAUUAAUGAGAACUCAUUGUUUCAAGAAUAUCAGAACAGUUUAGAAUAUAAGAAUAUACAAUGGCAGUGGCUUAGCAGAUGGAUUGUAAUGUUUCUUAUUGGUUUCUGCACAGCGCUAGUGGCCGUUGGCGUAGAAAUGUCUGUGGAUUAUAUAGUUCAUUAUAAGUUUCUUGCUCUGCAAACAUUAACAGAUGAAUGCACAGAUUCUCAGACUCCAGGCUGUCUUGCAAUCCCUCUGGUGGUGUGGGUGGUAAUCAAUUGUUUCUGUGUUGUCUUGGGGUCAGCACUAGUCACAUAUCUAGAGCCGAUGGCUACAGGGAGUGGCAUCCCACAGGUGAAAUGUUAUCUGAAUGGUAUCAAGAUGCCAGGUCUAAUGACCAUCCGAGCCUUGCUGGCUAAGGCUGUGGGUGUGGUCAUGUCCAUAUGUGGAGGGUUGGCUUGUGGGAAGGAAGGGCCUAUGAUCCACUCCGGUGCCAUAGUGGCAGCUGGUAUUUCUCAGGGACGAGCCAGGAGGUGCGGCCGCAGGUAUGAUCCAAGGAUUUUCAAGUUUUUGCGUUCUGAUCACGAAAGGCGGGACUUUGUGUCAGCAGGAGCAGCUGCAGGCGUCGCUGCAGCAUUUGGUGCCCCUAUAGGUGGUGUCUUAUUCAGUCUGGAGGAAGGUGCAAGUUUUUGGAAUCAAAUGCUAACCUGGAGAAUGUUAUUUGCCUCCAUGACAGCCACUUUUUCUGUCAACAUUAUUCUAAGUGCCAUUCACGGUAAUGCUGCUGAUCUCUCCAAUCCAGGACUGGUCAGUUUUGGACAGUUCACCGACAUAACAUAUGAUACAAUAGAAUUCCCAAUAUUUAUUCUUAUGGCAGUGUUUGGGGGCCUUACAGGGGCACUGUUUGUAAGGAUGAACUACCACUUGUCUAUAUUUAGGAGAAAAUUUGUCAGAAAAAAAUGGCUGAAAGUGUUGGAGGCAGUGGUGAUAGCGGCAGUCAGUGCAGUGACGGCCUAUUUUCUUGUUUAUACUUGGCAUGGUUGUAAAGAUAGUUUGGAGAAGAAGGAUAUUCAUGAUGAUAUGGGUGUGAAGUUAUUUUGUGACUAUGCAGAGAAGAAUGAGUUUUCUGUGAUCUUUUUCAAAUCUCCAGAAGGCAGUUUGAAAGGCAUGUUACAUGAUGAAAAUUUUGAGCCAGGGACUUUAGCACUACUGGCUGUGUACUUUUACUUUCUGACCUGUUGGACGUAUGGUCUCAGCGUGUCCAGUGGUGUCUUUAUCCCCUGUCUGCUGACUGGAGCGGCCUGGGGGAGGCUAGUGGGACAGGGCCUUCACAGACUGAUACCUCACUUGGUCCAGGCCAACAAUGUGAGCAAGUAUGCCCUGAUAGGAGCUGCCUGUCAGCUAGGUGGUAUUGUCAGGAUGACCAUCAGCCUCACUGUGAUCAUCAUAGAGUGCACAGGAGACAUCACGUUUGGUCUUCCCAUCAUGUUUACGCUGCUCAUCACGAAGUGGACUGCGGACUUCUUCAAUGCAGGGAUAUAUGACAUGCACAUCAUGCUAGGCGGGUUGCCUUUCUUGUCAUGGGAAGCUCCUCCACUGUGUUACAAUGUCAAAGCAAGGCAUGUGAUGGCACGCCGUGUAGUGACCUUGAACUCUUUGGAAAAAGUCGGCACCAUGAUUGACAUGCUUAAAGAUCGUAAGAAGCGACAUUCAGGCUUUCCUGUUGUGGAAGCUAUUGAUGGAGAAAAGGUGAAGCCUAAGACAUACGGCAAGUUGAUAGGAUUUAUGCUCAGGUCACAGCUCACAUAUCUUCUAAGAGAAAAGGGCCUUAGUUUUUCCAAUGGUGUUGCUACCCCUAAACCAUUCAGUCUCCAAGACUUCAUGGAUGCCAAGUCUAGAAAUCUUCCUGUAGAGAGUAUGUUGACAGAUGAGGAGAGAGAAUGUGUUCUUGACCUUAAACCUUUUAUGAAUCCAUCUCCCUUCAGCGUGGCAGAGAUUGCGUCACUUCCCAAGGUCUUCACUUUAUUUCGAGGUUUGGGACUCCGCCACCUUAUAGUGGUUAAUGAUGAUAACGAGGUGAAAGGCAUUAUAACAAGGAAGGAUUUAGCAAAGUACCGUACCAUUGAUAAGAAAGGAAAGUUAAACGUAGUGGAACUGGACAUGAAAGAAUGGUAGUGAUAGCCAAAGAAAUCCAACCAUGGAGUGCCACAAAUCAAAGCCAAUGUUCCACAAUAUGUCUUGUGGUUUUGUUCACACUCACCCGUCACCGUGAUCAGUCGAGAAAUAUAAAACAGAUAAAAUGAAUCUGAAAAACAUAAUUAUAACACUCUAGUCUUGCUUCAUGAUAAUGGGAAAAAAUCAAAAUCUCCACUGUGGUGUUUUAGUCAUCUUUUGGGGUUUUUAGAUUUAUCAGCAGAUCAAGGUAACAGCCAACUAUGAUUUUGUUUUCUUCAUCUGUGACAGUCCUGCUUGAAAAGGUCAUUACAUCACUGCCAUGUCCAGUCAUAUCAGUACACCAAGUAUAUAUAGACCAUAAAAGAUGUCUCUUUUUUUAUAAAGUUUCUUAAAUCAACGCCAGUAAUUUUAAGAUUUAGUUUACUUAUAAAAGCAGCAUUUUUCUGAGAUGCUCACUUGUGCUAAAUCUACUUGUUUUAAAUUUGUUUACAAAUAUAUUGUGAUACUGUUAAGGGCUUUAGGGCCAAGGUAUCAUUUUGUAAUAUGAAUUAUUCAAAAUAUUGUUUAUAUUUGUCUUUAAGUGACCUGUUUGUAUUUGUAUUUGUAUUCAUGGGACCAAGGGUUUGUCUCAUGUAAGGAGAUAAAUACAAGUAACAGGCAUAUAGACUUAACAAAUCAUCAUAUUGCAGAAUAAUUUUAAAGCUUUUGGUAUAACUUUUGUUCAAGUUAUUUAUUCAUAUUAAUGGUAGUAAUUGAGACUAAAAUGUAUUUAUGAACUCUGGCCCAUUAGUUUUGAAUCCCUGUAGACCUGUUUUCUGUUAUGUAGCUUUGAUUUAUAGUUUUUAAAGACUGU